AAAAGUUCUGUGGUAUAUGUAGGUUAGAUCUAAUGGAGCCUGUUUUCCGGAUAAGCUUCUCCUAAUCCCUUGACCUUCCCUGUUACAGGGAGGAGGUAGAAGCCCUACGUGAAGGUCUGAACGAGCUGCAAAGAGCCAUGGCUAUGGAGGCCGACGAGCAGCUGGCUAGGGAGAGGUUUCUGCAUUAGUUUCCCCAGUUGAAUGUGGAGCUUGAGGAGCGCCUAAGAAAGCUCCAAGAGCUUGCAGAUGAGGUGGACAGGGUACCCAGUGGCUGCACCAUCGCCAACGUAGUAGCCGGCUCCACUAGUGUUGUGUCUGGCCUCCUGAGCAUCCUUGGUCUGGGUCUGGCUUCUGUGAGAGCAGGGGCCAGUCUGGCACUCUUGGCAACUGGAAUGGGGCUGGGAGCAGCAGCCACUGUGACCCAGGUGUCUACCAGCAUCGUGGAAGAUUCAAGCAAGUUGUCCGCAAAAAUCCAAGCCAACCUGACAUCAACUAAUUUUGACAAAAGACAGAUCGUUGAAAUGGUUCUGCAUGACCGCAGACCCCAGAUUUGUUCCUUAACAGAUAAAUGCUUUAGAGCCCUACAGAACAUUGCAAAGAAUAUUCAUGCCAUCAAGCUAGCCAAAGUCAAACCUCGCCUUGUAGUCAAUGCCAGGUGCCUUAUGACAGCUCCGAGAGUCUCAGUUCAAGGUGGCUGGCAGGUGCAGAAAGCUUUUGGAGGCCCUGCUCUGGCAAUGACCAAAGGAGCCCGGAUCAUAGGUGCGACCACCGCCGGUCUCUCCCUUGCGAUGGAUGUGGUCAACCUCGUGAAAGACUCAGAGCACUUGAAAAAAGAAGCAAAGGUAGAGUCAGCUGAAGACAUGAGGUGGCGGGCCCGGGAGCUGGAGAGCAAGCUGGAGAAGCUCAGCGAGAUCUUUGAAAUUCUGAAGGAGGGCCCGACCGUGAUCCCCGAGCAGAGUCGGGAGCAGGGACAUGUGUGGGACAAAGACAUGGAGGUGCCUUAUUAGAGGGGGGAAAAGUGCCAAAUAAAGCUUUUGAGU